AUGGCUGACGUGGUCAAUUCUGAGCCAAGCUCAGAAAAUGGCAACGUACUCAAUGAGAAGGUUCACGAUGACACUGUUGUUGACUGGGACGGACCGGACGAUAUCAACAACCCACUAAACUGGUCGAGUCUUAAGAGGAACGCUCAUGUUGUGCUCAUCAGCAUCUUCACAUUAUACGGUAACCUAGCGUCGACCAUGUUCGCUCCUGGAGCUGCGGCACUCGUACACGAAUUUGGCAUCACGAGCGACGUCCUCGCCGCAUUCACUGUCAGCAUAUAUCUCGUAGGAUUCGCACUCGGCCCUAUCUUGAUUAGCCCGCUCUCUGAGGUAUAUGGACGACUUAUCAUAAACCAAGUUUGUAACGUGAUAUUCCUUGCUUUCACAAUCGGUUGCGCCGUGAGUACGAGCAGCGCAAUGUUCUUCGUAUUUCGAUUCCUUGCCGGGUGUGCCUGUUCGGCACCAAUGACGGUUGGUGGAGCUGUUAUAGCAGACAUAACAACACCCGAGCAAAGAGGAAAGGCUAUGGCUUUAUGGGCGCUAGGUCCUCUGUUGGGCCCGGUGGUGGGUCCCAUAAUCGGUGGUUUCGUUGCCCAGCGCUUGUCAUGGCGUUGGGCAUUUUGGAUAAUUUCUAUCCUGGCGGGAGUGGUGUUCAUCGUAUCGAUAUUUGUCAUGAAGGAGACAAACGCUACAAUUCUCCUGCAGCGCAAAGCCGCCAAGCUAAGACGGGCCUCUGGUAAAACAUACCUCGUAGCUAAGGGCCAAAUCAACCAGACUACGAAACAGAUUCUCUUGCGAGCCAUCUUACGACCAACACGGCUACUCCUCUUCUCGCCAGUGGUCACGUUGCUUUCGCUGUUUAGUGCUCUUGUUUUCAGUCUUAUCUACAUAUUGUUCACGACAUUUCCCAUGGUCUUCGAAACUCAAUAUGGAUUCAGUGUUCAAAUUUCAGGGCUUGCUUACCUUGGUCUCGGAAUAGGAUUGGGUAUUGGCAUUGUUGGCUUUGGCGCCACAAGUGACAGAGUAUACAAGCGACUGAAGGGUGACGGUGAGGGCACGCCCGAAAUGCGAUUGCCGCCAAUGAUGUGGGUUUCUCCCAUAACUGGAUUGGGCUUCUUUUGGUAUGGUUGGUCUGCCCAGUACCAGGUCCACUGGAUAGUCCCUAUCAUCGGAUCAUCUGUCAUUGGCAUAGGGGCACUCUUCGUGAUGAUGCCUGCUCAGAUCUAUAUCGUCGACGCCUUCGGUCCACAAACAGCGGCAUCAGCACUGGCAGCAAGCGCGGUGCUAAGGACGCUAUCCGGCGCAUUCCUUACCUUAGCCGGUCCGCCGAUGUAUGCGUCACUGGGACUGGGAUGGGGUAAUUCACUUCUCGGGUUCUUAUGCUUAGCUUUUGUUCCGGUCCCCUGGCUUUUCUAUCGGUACGGCAGAAAGCUUCGGGAAAAAUUUGUUUUUGAGCCUUGA